UGGAGACAGCCUUUGCCUGGCACCAGAUGAGCUCCAGAGGCCGGCAGUGAGAGGGGGCGAUACUGACCAGACGCAGCACCGGCGGGGCCAUGGCUGGACGCCAGAAGGAGAAGGUGAUCAGAGACGAGGUCCACCAGAACCAGAUCCUGCGAGAACUGUACCUCAAAGAGCUACGAACCCAGAUACUCUACACUCAGUAUCACGUGAAUCCACUCCGCAAGGUUCAUACAAUCGCCAGAAAGCCCAUGUCUUGGCAUGACAACCUGGAGGAACCUGAAGAUGCCAGGUUUCUAAAUCUCAUUCACCACGCCGCCCAGGGACCAAGGAAGAAGUACCCGGAGACGCAGACUGAAAGCCAAGAGAUUGGAUGGGACUCAGAGCCCUUGGUGGUCUCAGGCAUGUACGUCCCUUACAUCUACAAAUCUUGUCCCUUUCUCUGGAAAACGGCAACGACAGGAACGGUACUCACAUUAACCGGAAGCACCCCGAAGUGCGAGCCGCCCGGGAAAUGGGGUCUUCAGCACACGUCUCCUUGCAUGACCGAGGGCUUCUGUGCCUGAGGAAGGAAAGCAUGAGUUUGAACAAACAACUUGAACAGCGUCCCAGCACACUUGUCUUUUAACUCAGAUUAUGUCUUUCCUCACACAGAGGGUUUUUAAUUGGGGGAGGGGGCGGGCAUACCCAUGGCCUUUGGAAGUUCCAGGGCCAGGGGUCAAACCCACACCACAGCCGGGACCUGCGCCACCGCUGUGGCAACGCUGCAUGAACCCGCUGUGCCACCGGGAACGUCCAGAUUUUAAUUUUUAAGUAGUCGAAAGCACCGGUCUUUUCCAUUAUGAUUUCGUACCUUGCUUCAGAAAAGCUUCAACAUCCAGAGUUACAGAACAACCAACUGCGCUUCUAUAUAUCCUCCUACGUUGCGGUCGUCAACAUUUGGCUUCGAGUCGGUCUGUCUAUUUCGUGGAAGAUGUGAGGUUGGGGACGCCGCUCCUCGGCUAUGUCAGAACGUCCUUCCUUACCCCGAAGUCACCAAGGUCUUAAAAAAAGCAAUAAUAGGAGCUCCCGUGUGGUUUCACUGGUUAAGGAUCCAGAACUGUCAAAGCAGGAACUUCCA